AUGAUCAGCACUAUCCCCGAAGGUCACAAUGACCACGACUACAAGCCUGCCUGCAAUGGCAAGAGACGCCGCAUCUCAAAGGUGUCGAUGAGUCUGGGCAACGCGGCUGCCGAAGACCUACGAAGCGAAAUUUCACAGAGCAUCCGCAAGGAACUGUCACGUCGAAGAAGCAGUGUCAUUGCUCCCGAGCCACAACUCAAGUCGCGACCUACCGAAACCGCCAACAUCCUUCCAGCCGAAAAGGGAGAAUCAGCCGCGUCCAAGACAUUGAACAACUUUGAUCUCUUUGAACACAUCUUGAUGCAGCUCCCGUGGUCCGGCGAUGAGGUCGAGACGCAACGACAGAGCAUUCGCGCUAUCAUGACUAUCUCGCGGACGUGUCGCAGUUUCAAGGGCAUGAUUGAUGCUUCUGCCCGAUUGCAGAAGCGUCUGUUCCUGGCACGCGACUCAGAGCAAAAGAGACCCUGUUACUGUGGUCACCAAGAGGAGGAUCGCGUCUGUGGCGCAGAAACGAAUCCUUUCAUUGCACCCACUCUCAAGAAACACAUCCUGCACAACUCCUUUUCCUGCGACCAACGACGACAAAAGCAGGCUGCUGCAAGACAAGCACGAGCCGACCAACAGUCGCUCUGCCGCCACCUCUCCAACACAAAUCAGUCACACGACGACUACUUCAGCCACCCCGUCGUCUUUCGCGACCUCCAAGACCGCCAGAAGAAGCACAUGCUCGUUUUCAAGAUCUCCGAAAACGACCCUUUCUAUCUCCUCGGCGAGCGCUCUUCUCCAGACGCCAGCUGGCGCAAAAUGUACUUCUCCAACCCAGCACCUACGCGUAUCGAGCUUUACUACUGGAGCUACCUCAUUCGCUGUGAGUCACAAGACGGCAAACCUUUGACUGCGGGUUUCGUUUGGGAUACAAUCCACGAGACGCUGGAAGUUGCGAGACAGCGCAAAGCGCCCGGAUAUCAGUAUGAGGGCGAUGAGCCGUUGCUUGUGCUUCUGGGCUCGUGGGAGAAAGAGGGGGAUCAUAGACAUGUUUACGACUGGUUGAACCAGAGGCACGAGGCUUGCAGCAGCCCGGCUUGUCGGUAUGCAAAGGCUUGA